CCCCUGUCCCCAACAUUCCCCAGUUCUCCAGCUCUGUGACAUCACAGAUGGUAUCCUGCCUACUCUGCCAGCUGCAGGAAACAACCGUGCUGGGUGAACUGGACUCACAUUCAAGGGUUGACUGAUUCAACACAGUUCCCCUGCAGACAAAGCUGGAAGAGUAGAAACAUCAACUCCUGUCCAUGGCUUCCAAGAAAACCCUGGCCUUGAAGAUGUGCUGUUUAUGCUGCCAGGACUGUCAGGAGCCCCAGGCCAUGGAUGACUCCAGGGUUCCCAGUCAAACUCAAGCACGUCAGCCACACACCAGCAAUGUACAGCUUCCGAAGGAUGAGCUGGUCCGUCCAGAAAAUACUUCUUCCAGCAGCAGUGAGUUUGAGGAUGUCAAUGAAUAUGCUCCCCAAAGAGGUUUUUACAAGAGAAACCUAAACCGCUACUCACAGGAGCGCUGGCCGUUCCAGCCAUGCCUCAUCGGGAGACCCUGACCAUUCUAGUGGGCAGUCUGCAUGCAGGACCCUG